CUUUUGAACUUUUCAUUUCUCUAAAAAUUCCUCCAUCCAUUCCUUUACAACCCAUAUAUGCUAUAAUAUAUAUUUCCAAAAUCAUCCAUUUCUAAAUCUAACUCUUUCCUAGGAUUGGUUUUACAUGCAAUGCCAACCCUAGAAAAGAAAAAGAAAAUCACAUCAACCUUCAUAUGACCAAAUGAUGAAGUUCUUGAUUCAAAAAUACAUGUGGGAAGAUUGAAAUAUUAUAUAGCAUCCUCCAAUUUGUUGAUCUUGUUUGGUUGCAUUUCCCUUUUCUUCUUCAAUGAAAAGUUGAAAACUCCCAAUAUUUCAUAUAGUUUUCAUUUUUGUGCUAAAAUAUUUUUUAAAAAUUCGAAAACAUGUCGGUGUUGUUUCCUAAAUAGUGAGUUUGUUUUUACUGAAAAUUUAAAAACAUUAAUAUUUUCAUAUCAAUUUCAUCUUUGAAAAAAAAAAUUAAAAAAUUCGAAAACAAAACAUCUUGUUGGUAGAAAGUGGGCUGCUUUAUUUAAAAAAAAAAAAAAAAAAUCAGAAACAAUUCUGGGUGUUUUUUUAUUGCUUUUUUUUGGAAACAAAAAGACAUGAAAAAGUUAAAAACACCCACCAUUUUCAUUUUUAUGCGAAAAUAACUUUUGCAAAUCGCAACACGUCUUGUUGCUAUUUCUUGAGAUGUGAGUUGUUUUAAAACAAUAUUUUCAAGCAUAGUAUUUAGAAACAGUUUGUCAAACAAAUUCUUAGCGCUUUGAAGUUGAAAAUGGCGAAAUGCUUUAGCUUCACGGCAUCUCGAGAUUUUUUCUACCGGUACUUCUUUGCUUACACCGGCCUUCGCUCCGUGACUGCCGACCUCGGCGACAACACCGUGAUCCACUGCUGGGUUCCCAAAAUCCAUAUCCCCACAAAACCCACCCUCCUCCUCAUCCACGGCUUUGGCGCCAACGCCAUGUGGCAAUACAGCGACCUCCUUCGCCACUUCGUCCCCCGCUUCAACGUCUACGUACCGGACCUCCUCUUCUUCGGCCGCUCCUCCACGGGUCGGCCGGAGCGGAACGAGGCAUUUCAGGCACGGUGUUUGAUGAGGUUGAUGGAGGCCCAUGGGGCGGUGUCGGUGACGGAGAAGAAGAAGAUGAGUUUGGUGGGGAUAAGUUAUGGUGGGUUUGUUGGGUAUAGUAUGGCAGUGCAGUUCCCGGAGGCGGUGGAGAGGAUAGUGUUGUGUUGUACCGGGGUUUGUUUGGAGGAGAAAGAUGUGGAGAGUGGGUUGUUUAAAGUGGCGGAUUUGGACGAGGCGGCUAGUAUUUUGAUGCCCCAAACGGUGGACAAGUUGAGGGAGUUAAUGAAACUUUCUUAUGUCAAGCCUCCUAGAGGGUUGCCUUCUUAUAUUUUGUCUGAUUUCAUUCAAGUUAUGUGUACAGAUCAUCUAAAAGAGAAGAGAGAAUUAAUUGAAGAAAUACUCAAAGAUCGAAAGCUUUCUAAUAUUCCCAAGAUCAAUCAGCGAACGUUAAUAAUAUGGGGAGAGCAAGAUCAGAUAUUCCCACUGGAAUUGGGGCACAGAUUAAAAAGCCAUAUUGGGGAGAAUGCUGAGCUAGUGAUAAUCAAGAAUGGAGGGCAUGCUGUCAACUUGGAGAGGCCUAAGGAGUUCACCAAGCACUUGAAGACUUUUCUUCAUGGUUCAUUUUUAUCUUCUCCAACAGAUAAAGAACGUGAAAGUUGAUUUCAAUAUGUACAUUUGUACACUAUAAAUUUCGUCUUCAGUAUUAAAUCAAAAAUAUUAUGUUUGUGCGUACAUUUAAUUCCUUUUAAACGUUAAAAUGGGAUUUGAGAAAUCAUUUUUGCUCUUUCUAAGGUGCUGUCAAAUCU